AGAAAAUGGUGUGUAAAAAUAUUUAUUAAUUGAAAUGUCCAUAUCGAAAAUGGUUUGUACAUCAGAAGAAGCCACCGCAGAAUGUGUCGUUCAGGAUACGAUUAUGAACUCACCAAAACCAAAACUCAUAAGUGUCCGUCCGUCAACAUAUGUCCAUCAACUAAUUAACGAUGUUGCUACUCAAUAUAAUUACGAAGAAGAUAAAUUUCAAUUAAUAUAUCAUCCGAUGCGAGGAGGAGAUCAUACCGUUGUGGUGCUAAAUGACGAAAAACAGAAAACACUAGGAGACAUUGGUAUUGACUUUGAAGAAGGCGCAAAGAAUAUGUUAUGUAUAGCUGCAGUAAAUCAACCAAAAUAUAGUCCUAGAAGGAAAGCAGCAAUUGUCACAGAAAACAGUGAAGAUGAUUUAUUAUUAGGUGCGUCGGCUAGUCCAACAUUAGAUGAUCUUUUACCACCAUUACGUAUGCCAUGUAUUGGUGAUUCAGUAGCUGGUAGUAGCAGUAAUUCCUAUAACAAUUCACUAAUAAAACGUGGAAGUAUUGGAUAUGUUGGACUUGUAAAUCAAGCAAUGACAUGUUACUUAAAUAGUUUACUACAAGCAUUAUUUAUGACACCUGAAUUUCGCAAUGCAUUAUAUAAUUGGGAAUUUGAUGGAAAAGAUGAAGUUGAUUCAAUCCCAUAUCAAUUACAAAAAUUGUUCCUUAAUUUACAAACAUCAACAAAAGCGGCUGUAGAAACAACUGAAUUAACGCGUAGUUUUGGUUGGGAUUCAAGUGAAGCUUGGCAACAACAUGAUAUACAAGAAUUAUGUCGUGUUAUGUUCGAUGCAUUAGAACAAAAAUUUAAAAAUACAAAACAAGCUGAUCUUAUCAAUCGUUUAUAUGAAGGGAAAUUAUUUGAUUAUGUUAAGUGCCUCGAAUGUGGAACAGAAAAAUCUCGAGAAGAUACAUUUUUAGAUAUACCAUUACCAGUACGUCCAUUUGGGAGUACAAUAGCAUAUGGCAGUAUAGAAGAAGCAUUACGAGCAUUUGUGAAACCAGAAACAUUAGAAGGAAGUAAUCAAUAUUUUUGUGAAAAAUGUAACAAAAAAUGUGAUGCACACAAGGGAUUAAAAUUUACAAAAUUCCCAUAUUUAUUAACAUUACAUUUAAAACGUUUUGACUUUGAUUACAGUACGCUGCAUCGAAUUAAAUUAAACGAUAAAGUGGUUUUUCCUGAAACAUUAAACUUAAAUAGUUUUAUAACAAAUGGGCUUAAAAAAGAAGAAACUGAUUUAGAUGAAGUUGUUGUAAAAUGUGAUGAUAGCAGUACAACUGACAGUGGUUCAGCAUUAGAUGAGGAUAAUUAUCAAUCGACAGAUGUUAUUGGUUCCAAUUCAAAUAACCAGUUAUCGUUCAAUUAUCGUAAUUUGGAUAUUGAUUAUCCUGAUUAUGAUGAAGGUAUCGAUGUGAGUGAAGGAACAUCAAAUAAUCAUCAAGAAAAUGAAAAAAAUAAACGUCAUGCUGCUGAACCAGGUCCUUAUAUGUAUGAAUUAUUUUCUAUUAUGAUACAUUCUGGUAGUGCUUCCGGUGGUCAUUAUUAUGCUUAUAUUAAAGAUUUCAAAAAAGGCGAAUGGUUUUGUUUUAAUGAUCAAUCUGUUACUAAAAUUACAUAUGACGAUAUUCGAAAAACUUAUGGUGGCGGUGGUCAUAUGCGUGGUUAUUAUUCGGGAGCGUUUAGUUCCAGUACAAAUGCAUAUAUGCUGAUGUAUCGACAAAUUGAUAAAGAACGAAAUUGUGACGCAAUAACAAUUGACACAUUUCCACCGCAUAUACAAGAAUUAUACGAAAAAAUCAAAGCAAAGGAAGACAGAGAACGUGUAUGCCGUGAAAAAGAGAGUAAAUUAUGUAAAUUAAAAGUAUAUGCACGGCAUCCUACAACCGAUGAAAUUAUUGAUGGUAAAUUGUACAUAUUUAGAGAUACAACAUUAACCGAUGCUACACGACUUGUUCGAACACAUUUACAACUUGAUGGUCUAAUACCGUUAGAACAGUGUCGUCUUGUUUCUUAUGAUCGAGUUCAAGAUACAAUUGAAUGUAGUUUCGAAGGUAAAGAAGAUGAGCCAAUUGGCGAGAUACUGUCAAAUGGUUGGCGACGUACGUGUAAAACAGAAUUUUUACUGGAAAUGAGACAGAAAGAUGAAGAAUUUGAAAAGUAUCAACCGGGUACACUAUUUUUAAAGGUCUUUAUGGUUGAUAUCGAAACAGAAGUUGUGGAAGGUCCGGUUGUUAUUCGAGGAAAUCAAUCACAAUCAGUGAAAGAAUUAAAAAAAUUAGUAGCUAAAAAGUUAGAUUUAGAUGUAAAUACAUUAAAAUUAGCUGUAGAAAAAUAUAGUGGUCGUCCAAGAAUAUUAGAAGAUUCACGUACCUUAGAAUCUGAAGGGAUUUAUUCAUCAUCCAAACUAUAUGCGGCUAAAGCAUUAGAUUUGAAUCCGAAUAAACCGUUUAUUGUUUCUAAGUUCAAUCAAAUCAUUGAUCAGUAUGAACAUGUUAUUUCUUUACAAAUUGUUCUACCUGAAGUUAGCGAUGAAAUUCUAGAAUCACUGGGAAUACCGAAAUUAGAUCUUACUCAACAAGCUACUGAUAAUGUUCAACCUGAAAAACCACCUACUGAAAAGCUACCUGUUGAAAACCCACCUACGGAAAAGCCAUCAGAACUUGAAGUGAAUGUUUGCAAUGAAACUGCUACACCUAUUAUUCCCUCUGUUGCUGGACCAAUUACAGUAAACAUGUCUGAUUCACCAAUAUUACAAAGAGGUUCACCAUUACCUGUUGAAGUUGGAAGUGAUCAGAGUAAUAGUGAAGAUAGUAGUUUAAGUGAUAGUGAUAGAACAUUAGUUGGAGAUGUUCCUGAUGAUGAAGGCCUCGCACAGCUAUCUGUUUCAAGUACAUCACCAUGUGUUUCGUCUCCUGAUGAAGCUAAAAAAGUGGAAGAUACUUGGGACGAUUUACAAUUGGUACAAACUUAUUUAAAUAAGAAGAUACACUACUUUAAAGCAACUGAAUUAAUAACAGAAAAUAAACAAAAUAAAAAGACCAGAAUAUUAAAAAUAUUGAUAGACAAUCGAAUGUCAUUGAGUCAGGUGAAAAAAGAAUUGGAACCACAUGUUGGAGUACCAAUGGAUUACUUUAAAGUGUUCAGACACUAUUUAACUGCACAAGAAACCGAAUGUGUACGGUUAACAGAGGAUUUUGACAAAUCAUACAGCGAAGGUGAAAAGAUUGGUAUUAAAUUAGGACGAGCUUUACGUAAUGGUGAAUACCAAGGAAAAGUUUAUCAAUUAGUACCAGAUGAUCCUGAACCAAUCAAAUAUUUAUGUGAUUGGAUUGUUGCUAAAGGUACUACAGUUGCUGAAAUUCGUAAAGGAAUUCAUGAAGAACUUAAACGUAAAAAUUUAUUGGAUGUACCAUUUGAUCGAUUUCGAUUACGUAAAAAGAAUUGGAAAUAUCCUGGAAAAGUGUAUUUAGAUGACGAAACGUUAGAUAUUGUGCUAUCAACAAACUGGGAAAUAUUUGUACAAGAAUUGAGUGAACCAGAAACUGUUCAUAAUUCAAAUCAAAUUAUUAUUUUUGUAAGACAUUGGUGUCCAUCCACAAUGGAAUUAAAAGGAUUCAAAGAAAUUGUUCUGGAUAAAGGAACUACUGAAGAAUUUAAAGAAAGAUUAUCAGCAAUGUCAGGAAUACCUGUUGAAUGCUUGGAAAUAUGUGAAACAAAAAAAAGUUUUCCAAAUGAAUUGUCUGUCUUAAAUUUACAUAUAGAUCCAGAUUGGACGUCACAAAAAGCUGCAACUGGAAAAUGGACUGAUGAUUAUUACGACGAUGGCCAAGUCUUUUUGUAUAGAGACAGCAGAGAACAAUUAAAGGAGUUAACACCUGAAGAGAGAAAAGAACUAUCGCAGAGAGAAACGGCUCGUAUAUGUAGAUUACGUGAUAAAGUGUCAAUAUAUUCACCACGAAGAGAACGUGGAUUGAAAAUAUAUUUGGAUUCAAAUAAAAAAGAUGAAGACAAAUCGUUUACUGAAAGUGAACAAAAAACGACUGAUAAAGUGUAGAUAUUUCAGUUUCAGUUAUUGUUAAUAUUAAAACAUUUGUUAUAUUUUAAUAUAGAUUAUAAAAAAAAAAAAAAUCAUUCGACCUCAACAAUCAAAGAAACAACAAAACACCACCCACCACCAUUCAAAAAAAGUAAUUUUAUAAAUAACGGAUCGUCGUUCAAUUUUGGCAUAAUAAUGUUUUGUACUGACGCAAUAUUUUUUAUCUUUUUCUUUUUUAAAUUGGAUUGGGUAAGGAAAUGUUCAAAUUAGAAUGAUUAGAAAGUAUUUGACGAAAUCUGAAAGUACUUAAAACUAAUAUCUAUGUUCAUUUAUGUUUUCUUUUACAAAAAUUUGGCAUUUUAAUUUUUAUGGUUCAGUAUUUUAUUU